AUGGCCGCCACGGAAGCUGCCUGCACUGGAAACAAACCUGGAGCCAAAUCUCCACUGGUAGAGGAAGGCCAUCACCAUCAGCGGCUGCAGGAAGAGAAUGGGGCAGCUGACCAGCUCUCUGAGCACAGCGAUGCCUCCUUUGCCACGGUGGAGCCCAGCCGCCAGCCGCCGCCUGCUGGGAAGCUCAGGAAGACUGCCUUCAAGCUCUUUGGUGGGAAGCGAAGCAUCUGCACCCUGCCCAGUUUCUUUGGUGGGAAAAACAAAGGCCAGGGAAAGGGAGCUGCAAAGAAGGGCCUGAGCAAGAGUAAGACACACGAUGGCAUCAGCGACGUGGGGUACGAAGAGGGCAACUCGGGUGGCGGAACGGACUUCCUUCCUGCACAGCUGCCAAGUUCUCAGAGCGCUCUCCUGGGAGCAGAUGCCAGCCUCAGGGUUGGUUUUGUCCGGCCGUCAGCAUCCCUGUCUGGAAGCUCUGAGGGCUUUGAGAAGAAGCCCUGUGGGGAGAAGUCCUUGUUCCUUCCACGCUCUAAGAAGGGGCUCAGGGGCCUCUUCAACAGCAUCCGGCGCCACAGGAAGAGCAAAAGCACUGAGCCUGAGAGGACUGAGUUGCAGGAGUGGACUUCAAGGGAUGCUGUGGCUGAAGGACUGCCCAGUGCGAGUAAGCAGAAGAGGGGUGCCGAAACCCAGCAAGUCUUGAAGCAGGGGAGCCUAAAAAGCACUGCACUUCCCCCAGAACAUGGGGAGCAUUUUCAUGAAGAUGCUUCUUCUUCACCUGGAGUAGCGGCUGGUCUCGAUGAGUCAAGAGAGGAGGUCCAGCCGGUGGCCAACGAAAGCAGCUCUGUAGGGGAUACAGCCAGAGGAGGGAUAGGCAGCGAAAGCUCUCGAGAUGCAGAGCUGGAAGCUGAUGACACCCUCUGUGCUAACUCUGUGUGCGGAGAGCUCCCUGAUGCUCUCCAGUCUGAGGACCUAGACAGCAGCCCUCCCUGUGUCCCAUCUGGGGACCAGCUCAGCUUGAUGUUUGGAGAUGUCACUUCCCUCAAAAGCUUCGACUCCUUUACCGGCUGCGGAGACAUCAUUGCUGAACCAGAUAUCGACAGCAUCGCUGAGAGUGCCACCACUGCAGAGCGCGGCAGGGAUGCGGCCAAGAGGAGCUCCUGCCUUGUUACUUACCAGGGUGGAGGGGAGGAGAUGGCCAUGCCAGAUGACAUAGAGGAGUAUUUGCAGCAGAUGUGGGAAGGUGCCGUCAAAGCAGAUGCUGGAUACGAAACAUGCCUUCCAGAACUCAUGGCAAAAUGUGAGCAUCAGGGAGUGAACGGUGGCAAGCCAGAGGUCCACCUCUAUCCUGAAGGCACAAGGGGUGAUGUGGACCUCUUAACACCACACAGUGACCAGCAAGAAUCUGCUCCCAACAGCGAUGAGGGGUACUAUGACUCUACCACUCCAGGUCCUGAUGAUGAAACUGGCGAUGGGCUUGAAGAAAUCAAGAAGGACCGCCUCCCGAGGGACAGCUACAGUGGCGAUGCGCUGUAUGAGUUCUAUGAACCUGAUGAUGCCCUCAUGAGCCCCACUCGUGCUGAUGAAUCUUGGUUUGGUAGCAAAGUGUCCCCACCAGAGAUCUUUUCCAUGAGCCAGUUCUUGGACUUUGCUCUCCCUGACGAGAAGGAUUUGGUGCAGAUAAUGGGCCAGAAGAGGGAAGUGAUGGAAACGGAGGAGGAGAGGCUGGCUGCCAUUCAGAAGCAGCUGCUGUUUUGGGAGAUGCAGAGGGAGCCAACCUUGAAAGACCUGGAUAUCCUCAGCAAAGACCAGCACCACCCCAGAGAAAAGCUACAUACGGAAUGUAACACAAAAGUGACCAGCUUAACCGACAAGAGUCCGAGUGGCCUUGGCUGCGAUCAAAUGUCCCCCCCUGCUUUGAACAGUGGCCUGGAUGCUGGAAUUCUAACUGAGAAGCAAGAGUGGAAAGAUUUCAAGGAGAUGCUGUGCCCAGAGAAGCACUACAAUGGCAGUGGGGGCCCUAAAGUGCACAGUGGGGGCCUUUUUCAGCACGUGGAAAAUGGCUCAGUGUUGGAUUCAGAUAGAGAGCAUCCAGGGCUUGAACCGGGUGCUUUAAGUGGCCUGGAGAAUUCUGUGGCAUUCCCUUUCUUCAAAACGCACAGCUGUCCACUCAAUGAGCAGCCAAGCAGAACUGAAGCUGACUUUGGGGAGCCCCCCAACAUGGAAAAUGAACCAGAACAGGCCGUUAACUUCUCCCAGGCAUUGGUGGAGUUCACCAGCAGCGGGACUCUAUUCUCCAGCCUCUCUGAAAGCCUUGGGAGCUCUGAUUCAGGCUCUGCGUUCACCCAGAACCUCCCUGCCCUCCCAACGAUGGUCACGUUUGACAUUGUCGACGUGGAGCAAGAAGGCGAAGGGGAGUGUGAGCAGCACCUGGGGAUGAACACUGAUGAGGACAUUGCUGCAUCCUUUGAGGCCUUUGACGAUAGCUACGCUGCAAAAGAAUCCUUCGCCGAAUGUGACGAGAGAAUGUUUCCUGGGUGCUUCCAGAGCUCUUUCCAAAGCUGCAACUGGGGUGUCACCAGCCUUCCCCGGCGCAUGAGGCUUCAGGAGAUGAGUCCUCCCAUGCCAGAGCCUCUCUCCAGCUGCAGGAGGAGCAGGUCCCUUGACACUGAGAGCUUGGAGUUCGAGCUGGCUAGCUUGCAACUCUCCAAGGGUGGCUUCAAGCCUUUUGACCUCUGGUCUCGAUGGAGUGGCUGCAGGAAGGAUCCUGUGUCUCCUGGUCUAGAUGCAGACCGUGAAAAUGCUCUGGGCUCUCCAGAAGGAAAGGAAGGAAGUGAUGCUGCUGUCUUUCCUUGGGCAGAGCUGCAGCAGAAUGUAUCAUGCAGGGAGGAUUUUCCCUCGCAAGGCGUGAAACCGUGGGACUGUGAUCUGAGCACCCCAGCCUUCCAGAGCACGUGGGGUGCAUCGGAACAGCCAGGUAUGGAAGCACCUUGCAUGCCCCUGGUGCAGGAAUCCACCAAGAAGCCUGGUGGGAAACCUUGCGCAGAUGGGGCCAGUGAUCCAGCACUGAUGGCAACCAGACCAAUGGCCAGGCCAUCCAAUUUGCCUCUGCAGACUCCUGCUGUGCCCCAGGAGGUGUGUGCCUCCCAAAGGCCUGGUGGGGACAGCGCAGGUAAAAAACUUGCUUGGGUCCUUCCUUUGGGCGAGAAGGGGGCUGACCUGCCCCCGGACCCCAGCUUCACCCAUUCCCCCGACAAGCCAGCAAUGUGCAAACCUGCAGGUGUGACGCAAGGAAUGUCCCAGCUUCACAGCAAGCAGUGCUGA